AUGGCGUCAAAUGACGCGGGUUACAUUGCAAAUACAAUCAUCAACAGCGAUAUACCAGUGCCAUGGUGCGAGGAGUUUGAAAAGAUGAUCAACGGCAAGAACUUCACGACGUCAAAUUCGGAAAAGCUCAUGGAAUACAAGCUUUUAACACUUCGAAAGCUGAACGAAUUCAAUGAUGUAUCUAUACCAGAAAACAGCACACUCGCUUCAUUGAAGAAUAGACGCAUGGCGGUAGCCAAGCGAAUGCUCGGCCGGGUUGGCAAGAACGCAAGUAUCGAGCAGUCAUUCUUUGUGACAUGGGGGUGUAACACCAUCCUCGGUGAUGAUGUCUAUAUCAAUCGCGAGUGA